AUGCUGGAGUAUAAGUUUGUGCUCAACAACACAGGUCACAUUCACCUACCUGAAAUUGAAGACUUUCUACGGAGUGAAGAUGAAGAGGAAAUUGAAGACUUAACUCCUUUGUUGAAAGUCGCUUCUUUGUGGGGCCAGUCUAAAAUAGGAACUCUUCAAGCGAGACUUGAGAUGUUGCAAACACGAAGUACAAACAAGUCAUAUGAGCUUCCUAAUCACCGGAUUAUGAGUUUGGCUAAUGAAGUAUUUGGAUUUGCAGGGUGGUCUACGCUGUUGCUGAGCUUGGAAGUCAAAGAACAAGUGGAUCAUUGUCAAUCUUCUAUACCUGGAGACGCGACUGAGUACAAUGUCACGGCGUGGGCAAAGGUGCUAAUAACGCUAAAAGACGGCACUGUGUUGGAGAGCAGUGGGAAAUCCAACGUUCAGAAGUUCCCAGAUAAGGGAAUGGCUUAUCGAACCGCCAAGAUGCUGGCGGUUACAAAUGCGGUGAAAACUGGGAUAAUGAUGCUUCCAGUUCUCGCAGUUGAAAAUGAAGAAAACUAG